CUGUCUUGACAGCGAACAUAAAAAGGACAUGUACACUGUCCGCUUGUAACGACACAGCUACUUAGCUAGCUAAUUAGCUAGCUCAUAGGACUUGGGGCUCAAUUGUCCGGAUAAAUCAUUGACAUUCAAUGGUUUAAUUUAUCACAAACUACAGCAUUUAUGUAGUUAUUUGGUCGUUUAAAUGGCGUUCAAUGGCCACCAACGCGACGAUGACGGUAUCGACGAAGACGAAACGCCCACGAAGCAGCCGCGGUCCGACAAGGAGAAGCCCAGCGAUGAGGCGUCUGCGUCGGCGGGAAGAGCCGCGUCUGACCGGCGGACCUCCAACUCGACGGCGAGGCUUCGGAGUGACUCGGUGAAGAAGACAAGGCCGCCUUUUCCCUGGUUCGGGAUGGACAUUGGAGGCACUCUCGUGAAGCUGGUGUACUUUGAGCCCAAAGACAUCACAGCAGAGGAGGAGCAGGAAGAGGUGGAGAACCUGAAGAGCAUCCGGCGCUACCUCACCUCCAACAUCGCCUACGGGAAAACGGGCAUCAGGGACGUGCACCUGGAGCUGCCCGACCUGACGCUGUGCGGCAGGACGGGCAACCUGCACUUCAUUCGCUUCCCCACGCACGACCUCCCGGCCUUCCUGCAGAUGGGUCGCAACAAGCACUUCUCCAGCCUCCACACCACGCUCUGCGCCACGGGGGGAGGGGCGUACAAGUUUGAGUCUGAUUUCCGCACGAUGGCGGACCUGCAGCUCCACAAGCUGGAUGAGUUGGACUGCUUGGUUCAGGGAGUGUUGUACAUCGACUCGGUGGUGUCCAGCGGCCCCUCGGAGUGCUACUACUUUGAGAACCCCACUGAUCCGGAUCUCUGUGCCCAGAAGCCUUACACACUGGAGAACCCCUACCCUCUGCUGCUGGUCAACAUAGGGUCUGGGGUCAGCAUCCUGGCCGUCUACUCAGAGAACAACUACAAACGAGUGACAGGGACCAGCCUCGGCGGUGGGACCUUCCUGGGCCUGUGUUGCCUGCUGACCGGCUGCUCUACUUUCGAGGAAGCUCUAGAAAUGGCAUCUCAGGGGGAGAGCACCCGCGUGGACAAGCUGGUCCGGGACAUCUACGGAGGAGACUAUGAGAGGUUUGGGCUGCCAGGCUGGGCUGUAGCCUCAAGUUUUGGCAACAUGAUGUCCAGAGAGAAGAGGGAGUCGGUGUCCAAAGAGGACUUGGCCAGGGCGACACUGGUCACCAUCACUAACAACAUCGGCUCCAUCACCAGGAUGUGUGCCCUCAAUGAGAACAUCGAGAGAGUUGUGUUUGUGGGAAACUUCCUGAGAGUGAACACCCUCUCCAUGAAGCUGCUGGCCUACGCCAUGGACUACUGGUCGAAGGGACAGCUGAAGGCGCUCUUUCUACAGCACGAGGGCUACUUCGGAGCGGUCGGAGCCUUGCUGGAGCUUCUGCAUCCGUCCUAAUCCUUCCCAAUCACAUCCAAAGAAGUACUCGUCAAUCUGCUGUAAAGACCAAAAAGCACUUUAGACUGUUGAGAAUUAAUUCCAUGCACGCCACCAGUCGGUUACUGGUACAUUUUGUCGGAGGCAGGCAAACAUUUCGAUGUCCUAUAAUCAAAGUGGUUUAUGUUUCUAAAUGUUCAUGAGUCCUGCUCAACAAACUUUAAAGCAGAUAAAUUGACUUGGGAUGUUGCAGAAUCCGUCCACGUUUGGUCUGAAACACCUUGAACAAUGUCACCGCGUUUGCCUGAAAUACUUCAAAGUCAGUCAUUCAGGUCUUUACCUAGUUUUGUCUUCUGGACCCUCUGUGGGUUUAAGGUCCGGGUCCAAAUAUUUCCUCGUAUUUUUAUGGUUAUUUCUCUGCUUAGGCUCCAGAUGGAUGGGAGUUGAUAUGAAAAUGAGGAGUUAUGACUUAAGAUGAUCACAAGAUGUUGUUAAUGAAUGUUUUUAUCCAUGAAACGUUGCACACUCAUAGUUUCCAGAACCAAAGAAGAAUCAUU